AAGAGUCGUCAUUCUUGUGACUACUCGACACACUCGUCAUUCUUGUGAAUACUCGACACACAGUGUCACGUGGAAAUCAAAGAGGGGUUGUUCCUGAUUUCAGGACAUUGGGGGUAAAUAUAAGUGUGGGUGUUUGAGGCGGUUGUUUUUGACCCGUAGAAAACGGACUUGGUAGAUUAUGAACGGUCUCUUUUGACGGAAUGCGGCGCCGGCGAAUGGCUCCUUUGUGUGGAGCGGUGACCACUCUUCUAUACGUGAGUCUCGCGGGAUCAAUGUAAGUUUUCACAAUGGGAUAACGGGCAAAAGAGAUUGCCUCUCUCGUGAAGAGGGGAACCCACCGCCUCGGGUACUGUCGGGCAGCGAUUUGUCACUGUUAAGUACUGGCUUCGGCGUUCUGGGUUUCUUUCGUUGACACACCCAGCAGGAUCUCCCUACCCUCUGUUUCAAAAUCAAGAUGUCCAUGAGAAGCAGGGGAGGUUAGAUCAGAGGUUGGUGAGAGAGAGAGAGAGAGAGAGAGAGAGAGAGAGAGAGAGAGAGAGAGAGAGAGAGAGAGAGAGAGAGAGAGAGAGUACAACUUUGGGUUGAGGAACAGUGAGAAACACAACACGGCUUGCAGGGUCAAGCGAGAGUUUGGUGUCUGAAGGACAGACAGACAAGUGAAGGCCAUUGGCCGUGUUGUCCCGAGGACUUGGUGAAAUGUUAUUCCCUUUGUUCCCCUACCGUGGUUUCAAACGUUAGGGAGGACGUUGCUGUGUCUUGUGGUGGGCUGGGUGGGUGACGAUCUCUGAGUGCUGCGGCUGAAUCAUGCCGACGUCUGAUUGAAUGUUGCCUGAAGGAGACGGCUGGGCAGAACGGGUGGCUGCUGGUCGACAAUCGGAGGGUUAUCCCUGUUAGCGAAUCGUGACGUGUGAUUCUGUGAGGCGAGGUCGGUCGCUUGACUCUGUAGUUCGGCUAUGCUUGGGGCGAGUAUUCUCUGCGCCCAAACCACAGUCACCACAUACAGAAAAGAUAAAAUUAUGGCGGCGUAUGCUUCUGUGUUCUAGCGGAAGAUGCAUUCGCAUUCUCGUUUUGCAAAUUUGGUGAGUGGUGGAGGUGCGAGGCCCUGAUUCUCUCUCUGUGUUUCCUCUUCUACACUCUUUGAUUGACCCGCGCGUCCGAAAAAGCGGGAGGCUUUCCUGCCGGGGGGGGAAGAGGAUGUACCGGUGAGGAGGGAGGGGCAUUGGGGUCCAUGGAAGGGGCGGUGGCCUCUGUUUCUAGGUGCGUGGGCGCGGCCGGCGGCGAUCGCUUCGCGGCCGCCUGCGGAGUCGGCGCGCAGUACGGCGCAUCGUCCGACCGUUUCAGCUGCCGCCUAGGCGGCGACAGACCGGUCGGUAUCCCGACAUGUGCGAUCGGCGGGGCGGCGGUGAUUGCGAAUCCUUCGACGGAGAGGCGUGCGCGCGGUGACACGUGGCCAUCGUCGCGUUGCUGUUGCGUAAGCCAUUCCCGGGAGACCAGUUAUCGCGGCGGCGGCGACGGCGACCUCGUCUCUCCUCCCGUGCGCGCCGCCCCUGUCCUCUCCUCCUCCACGUGUCACGCUGCUGGCGAUCAACGUUUUGCGAGAGGGGGCAGAGCAACAGCAGCUGCCGUCGUUCGAAUCUCAGCUGCUGUUGGUUGGACGUCCGGUGCAGCCGUCCGAACGUCCGGACCGGUCGUACGAACCGCACGCGAGGCGGCGGUCCGGUCUUCAAAUGCGGUCGUCCGAACCUCACCUACGCCUGCCCGCUCCUCCUCCGAUGUGGUCAGCGGAACUUCGAGACAGGUCGUUGACUCGAGAAGCCGCGGUCCGCGGCCGCGGCCGGGGGAAGGUGAGCGCUUGUUGCGAACGAGUGCCAACAGUAAGCCACGUGGAUCGUCCAAGGAGGGUUUAGUACUAGAGAAAGGGGGCGGGGAUUGUCGGCGCCGCUCACUCCGCCGUCCCCCUCGCUUCCGCCGCCUUCGCGGCAUCUGCUCGCUCUCCCUUUCUUAUCUCGUCGGUGGUUGCCCGGCCUGCUGCGCCUUGUGCAGCAGGCCGGCGGCGGUUUCCCCACGUGUGCCACUUGGAGCGGACGGCUUCUUCUUCUUUACGACACUGACGUCCACGUGGCUGGGCAGGAAGCUGAGGAGGAACAAAAAAAGGAUAACCAUAGAACCAAUUUGGCGAGAAAAUGGCUCGUUGGUCGGGGAAGGAGGAGGAGGAGGAGGAGGAGGAGGGAGGCAGACACCAUUUCAUAGCGAUGCACAAAGACAAUUUCAUAGCGAUGCACAAAGGGAGGGCAAGGGGGAGGUUCUCCUCUCUCCCCUCCUCCCUCCCCUCGACCGUCGCUCUCACGUCCUUGCGUCUCGGGAUGGCCCCCGGCCAAAACCGGCGGCGGCUUGGACCGACUUACCGCACCUCCUCCUAUCGUCAUGCCCGAGGUCCGAUCGAUCACCACCACCGCUAUCACGAUCCUCCUCGGCAUUAUCCUGGAGGAGCAGGACGGCAAGUUGGCGGGGGCGAUGGAGAGGACAACGACGCAAUUCAAUGAUUGCCAAGGCGGGGGUAGAGAUCGCUAGCGCUAUAGAUGUUAUCAACAACCUAGGAUUGGACACUUUGACUUUCCUCGUCACCGCGGUGCUGGUGAUUCCCACCUUCAAGCGCAUGAACGUUAGUCCGGUCCUCGGCUUCCUGUUGUCCGGACUUGUUCUGAACCAUUUUGGCUGGUUCCGCAACGUGGCGGACAUCGAGGCGCUUUCCGAAUUAGGAAUACUUUUCCUUCUCUUCGAGAUGGGACUAGAGUUGUCCCUUGGACGAUUGAAGGCACUUGCCAAGUUCGCCUUUGGAAUGGGUCUACUCCAGGUGGUCACCACCACUCUGGCUUUCACGUUUUUUGAGCUGCCGCCUUAUAGCGCGCUGGGAACGAAGCUUCUCGAAUGGGCUUUCCAUUCGAGGCACGACUUGGUGAACAUCCGGACGAUCGACGAAGCGGUGGUGAUUGGCGCCGCGCUCUCGCUCUCCUCCUCUGCUUUCGUCUUGCAGCUGCUUGCGGAGAAGGGAGAACUGCCUACCCGAUUCGGAUCGGCAACGCUUGGUAUCUUGCUGCUACAAGACAUCGCCGUCGUCCCUUUGCUUGUCAUCUUGCCCAUCUUGGAGAGCGGCCAGUUCUCCGGCGGCUCGUCUGAGCUCUUCCUCACUCUCGGCGUCGCCAGCCUCAAGGGUUUGCUAGGACUCGGUCUGUUGCUGCUCGGGGGGAAGCUGAUACUUCGUCGCGUUUUUGAACUGGUCGCAUCCUCCCGCAGUCCUGAGGCCUUCGUUGCCCUCUGCCUUCUUACGGUCACCGGCACGUCGCUGAUCACGCAGAGAUUAGGGUUUAGCGACACUCUGGGAGCGUUCUUGGCGGGGGCUUUGCUGGCGGGAACCAACUUUCGCACGCAGGUGGAGGCGGACAUUCGUCCGUUCCGCGGCUUGCUGCUAGGUCUCUUCUUCGUCACAACGGGAACGUCCAUCGACAUUGAACUGCUGGUCAGAGAAUGGCCGAAUGUCCUGGCUCUUCUCGCUGGUCUGAUUGCCAUGAAGACGGCGAUCAUCACCGCUCUGGGACCGCGAUUCGGACUCACGUGGGGGGAAAGCGUGCGGACGGCCUUUCUUCUGUCCCAGGGAGGGGAGUUCGCCUUCGUCGUGUUCUCUCUUGCUAAUCAGCUAGGCGUGUUGCCGCUGGAACUCAAUAGGUUGUUGAUCAUAGUGGUUGUGCUCUCGAUGGCACUAACUCCCUUGCUGAACGAGGCGGGGAGAAUAGCAGCAGCGUACGUGGAGAAGCGAAUGGUCGACAAAGAGGGAGAAGGGGAAGAGGAAAGGCGGACAAGUUUAGGUGGAGGAGGAGUAGAUUUAGCGGACGACUACGAGAUGGGAGAGCCAGUGGUAAUCAUUGGGUUCGGCCAGCUGGGACAGAUCUUGGCGAAUUUCUUGUCGACACCAUUGGCCACGUGGAGCAACAGCGAGAACGUGGCAUGGCCGUACGUGGCAUUCGAUCUGGAGCCCAAGAGAGUGAAAACAGCCAGAAGUCUCGGAUUCCCGGUGUUCUACGGGGACGGAUCGCGGCCUGAAGUGUUGUUGACGGCGGGGAUCAACACACCGAGAGCGUUGAUGGUGAUGUACAAGGGGAGAGAGAGGGCAGUAGAGGCUGUGGAGCGACUGCGCUUGGCCUACCCGACAGUACCAAUCUAUGCCCGAGCUCUGGACCUGGACCACCUCACGGAACUGAAGUUGGCCGGUGCCACGGACGUGGUACCAGAGAACACAGAGACCAGUCUGCGCCUCGGCUCUGCCCUCCUCGAGAAACUAGGGGUCAUGUCCGAUGACGUCACCUUCUUGAGAAGGGUGUUGCGCGACUCCUUGGAGAAGCGCGCCAAAGAGUUUACUCGAACGGAUAGUCCACGUGGCGAGAGCCAGGACUGGAAGGAUGUCAUCUUAAUCCGACCUUCUUCUUCUUCUUCUUCUUCUUCUUCUUCUACUACUACUUCGGGGGUAGCCAACGAGGAGGAGGAGACUGCCAACGAGGAGGAGGCGGCUGCCAACGAGGAGGAGGCUGCCAACGAGGCGGCUCAACGGGUUGCUGACGUCGGGUCUGCCGUUACGUUUGAAACCGUUACGUUGGCUCCCGACGAUGCUCGAGCCGAACCUGAUGAUGGUGGCAAUGACCAGGCGAUGGUCAAGGGCACGGCUGCUACUACUGCUGAUGGCGGAGAUACCAGGGGAGGGAGUAUGAUCUCCCAGACAGCCGUGGAGAGAAGAACCGAAGGUGAGGUUGAUCCUUCGGGUGAUGCCUCCACUGAGGAAGGAGCAAUGGGGCCUGGAGUAGGUGGUUCUCCACCUGCUCCCUUUCCCCAGGUCAUCUCUUCUCCGAUGAGCAUCGACUACUCUUCGCCCGAACGGGAUGCAGUAGCAGGGAUCUGGAUGUCAGGCGAAGGAGGAGGUAAGGGGAGGCAGCAGGAGGACGACUCACCUGUAGUGGGGAACUUGAUAUCGGGCGAAGCAGGUGAAGAAGCCAACGACGAAGGGGGUACAAAGGAGGAGGAGGAGCAGGAGGAGGAGGAGUCGCCUGUCCUCCCCACGGAAUUUGAUCCCGAUCUGCCAAUGAGGCAUGAUAGGGAUCCGUUGCCAGUAUUCCCAUCUGCUUCCGGUGAACUCCCCGCUGCUGACGACCCCAUCCGUGGAAACACACCCCAAGAAGACAUUACAUACGCGCCCGAUGACCCGGCCGCCAACACUUCCCGAACACCUACUCCUAUGCUGUCGUCAUCAGACCCGGAGAUGUCCUCCCUUGCUGGUGGGGCGAGGCAACCUCCGGACGUCCGCGAUUCUUCAACUGUGCCUUCGUCCUCCACGUCGGGAUCUGAAUUGGGAGAAGGAGGGUACUAUGAGAGAAGCAUGAUAGAUGGCCGGACCGCCAAGAAAGAGGAGGAGAGCGCUGCCAUUCUGACCGGUAGAGAACCUGAUGGUGAUGACGAUGGGGAUGGCGAUGGUCCUAAUGGUUGCUUGACCGAGGAUGCUUUAUCUUCGUCCUCUAGUCAUGUGAGAGAUGGUGGUGAUGGAGAGCGAGGAGGUGCUCUGGGCGCGCACGCGAUUGACGAAGGGGCUUUAGAGGAGUUGGUGUCAAACCGAGAUGCCGUGGAGUUGAACCCACCAGGGCUCGACAAUGAUGUAGGCGCAGUCCUAUUGUCUUCCGUCCCGGAAGGUGAAGAUGGCGGUGAUGAUCGGACAUUCGGCAGCAGUGUGGUGAUCGUAGAGACGCUCGACCUACCAGAUAGUAUGCGUCUGAAAGGCGUGACGCUGUGCCCGCUGGUAGCCGAGGAGGACGAUGUUACGGAUGUGGAGGCGCUUGAUGAAUCUAUUCCCUACAUAAAGGUUUUUGACGUCUCAGAUCCCGACAUAGUGUCUGGAGAAGGGGACGGAAUCUGACCACCACGUGUUAGGCCCUGGGGUAUGUCGGUUGGACAAGAGACGUCGUGGCAGUGGGUUAGCGCGUCUGUAGAGCGUUGGGCUCCGUCAGAUCGGAGUCGACACUGCACUCGCGUAGGGGCUCAGUACCGGGUAGCUUGCCUCGGGCGGUAAGUCCAGGAGAUGGAGGAGGGUUUAUGGGGAUGUUCGUUCGGUUUGAUGAGGCGGACAAAGGGUCCACCGAGAGGUGUAGAAGAGGCGGACAAAGGGUUCACAGAGAGGGUUUUCGGACGUCACGACGGACCCGCGAGGACAACCAUGGCCCAGUCGAGCUGGAAAAUCCCCAGAAUACCUAGCCGCAUCGUCAGAGUACACCCCGACCUCUGAAUCGUGCAAAUCGUGCGUUGGGCUGUCCACACCGGGCUACCGUAGUCACGACCGUUCCAGUAGACAAAGGAUUGGGGUCUACUAGGGCAGGAGGUUACAUAGGCCGUUUGUUCAAGGGACCUGAGCAGGUGAGAUAUGACGGCAUACUCAAGAACUUGGACUUCCUCAAUGAGGGCAUAAGUCAAACUUGGCACUUCCUCUCGCCCUUUGGGACCAAACUAAGCCUGCAGCCCUCCAUACCCCUGGCAUUGUGAUGGGUUUGGAAGUCGAGUUUGGGUCCAGAGAGGAGGCAGUGAUGGUUUAAUUGAACCCCCGCUGCUUCGCGGCCCUAGUGCAGAUGGCCGCAGUGCACACCAGGCCAGGAGGUCUGUUUUUUUUUUGUUUUUUUUUUAAUAGAAAGACGGCAGUCUUGAGAUAUAUCCACAGGUGACCUGCCCCAGGUAAUUCGAGAUUAUUAUUAUGGAAGUUAUUGUAGAUUAUAUGACAUGAUCAUGACUAAUUGAACUUCCUUAUUGAGCUUAUGGUGUGACAGGUAUGUUGAGAAUUUGCCUCUGGAAGUAUGUGGUGAAAUUGAGGGUCUUAACCCUCAGAGGCAGUGUAAUGGAGCCAUGAAUGUCAGCUGUGAUGAUACUGACUGAGAACUCAACCUGAGAGUUCUUUUUAUUGGAUGUGUAUUGGGUAUGUCCUGACCGGCCGCAGCAGGACUUGAGCAGCCACUUCCACUUGGCCCGAUGCUCCCGCAUAUAUACGGAUUACAGGGCGGCACAACUCGCCCCAGCGAGUUACCCGUGUUCACUGGCCGCGGCCACCAAUCCUCCUCAGUCCACUGAAAGUGAUGCCAACGGGAAUA